AUGAAAUGUUUUGGGUUGAUUUCUACAGCUCCUCCUCCGAUUCGUUCGUCUCCAUUUCUUUCUCUUUCUCGAACAAAUUUGAAUCGAAUUACACUUACGAUUCCACCUUCGCUCUACUUAUCUCCUCCAAAGAGCUCGAUUUCUGAGGGUUUAUCGAAUUCCUUUCCAGCCCAUGGAGGUGGGAUCGUGUCUAGGGCAUCGAUUAGUGUGAUUGAAGAUGAAUCCAUUGACAAUUUCAAACAAAGUGUGGGCAGCCCUGUUUCUCCGCACUCAAUCAAUCCAUUAGCCAAGCUGAGUUUAAGCGACCAGGCAUUUCUUCUCUUGGCCUUCAUCGCUUGCACGACUUCAGUGGCAUUUACAAGUUUUGUGGUUGCAGCAAUUCCCACACUUCUGGCCAUGGGAAGAGCUGCAUCUUCCUUUGCUAAGUUAGCCGACACAGCUCGCCAAGAACUCCCUAGUACCUUGGCAGCCAUAAGGCUCUCCGGCAUGGAAAUAAGCGAUCUUACUCUUGAAUUGAGCGACUUAAGCCAAGAGAUAACUGAUGGGGUUACCAAAUCAGCUAAAGCGGUUCAGGCAGCUGAAGCUGGAAUCCGACAGAUUGGAACUCUUGCACACCAUCAAACUCUCUCAAUGAUUGAAGAGAGAGCAAGUUUACCUGAAAUAUCGCUGAAACCUGUUGUGGCUGGUGCGGCCCAGAAGACUUCACACGCAAUCGGCAGAGCAACCAAGACACUAAUGAACAUUAUAACCGGAGGAGACAAGGAUGAUGAAGAUUCCUCAGACGUUUAG